AUGGUCGUAAAUGUAACCCUGCUUGGUUCAAAAAAUUUUCAUGGCUCUGUUACUCAAAGUACUAUGAUGGGUUAUUCUGUAUAUCUUGUGUUCUGUUUGGAAAGGCUUCUUCAACUAGUCAAUUAUUUCAUAAAUAUCCAUUUCGGUUUUGUUCAGUUGGAAAUGCAGAAUAUAUCACUUAGAGGACAUCGAGAUGAUGCUAAACAUCAUGCUUUGCAAUGUAAUAAUGCUGGUAAUUUCCAAUGCUUAUUAGAUCUGAUGGCAUCAUGCGGUAACAAGAUCUUGAGUGACCAUUUUAAAAAUGGUCCUAAAAAUGCCACUUAUCAAUCAAAGACAGUGCAGAAUGAGUUGAUUGAUAUUUGUGCAGGUGUUGUUCGAUCGCUAUUGACAAACAGAAUAAAGAAAGCAAAAUUUUUUUCUAUUUUAGCAGUUGAAGCUUCAGAUGUUAGUCAAACUGAACAAAUUGGGUUGACUGGAGUUUUGUUAUCAACUAAGAUCAAGAAAAGUAUACAUAAACUUGGUCUGGAAAUAUCUUAUUGUCGUGGUCAAGGUUAUGAUGGGGCUGGUAACAUGGCAGGGCGUCUUUGUGGUGUAGCAGCAUUAAUUUUAAAAGAUUUUCCUAAAGCUCCAUACAUCCACUGCUAUUCCCAUCAACUUAAUCUGUGUGUUGCCAAAGCAUGUGCGAUUCCUUUAAUUCGAGAUAUGAUGGAUCAUGUUAGAAUUGUCUCUGAUUUUUUUAGUAAUUCUCUAAAGAGGUUAAAAGAUCUAUCUACAAAAAAUGUUGAGCUAUGUCUGACAUCAUUCUUUCAAAAAACAAUAAAUAUUUGUAGAACCAGGUGGAUUGAAAGAAUUGAUGGUCUUGAAGCUUUUUUUGAAUUAUAUCCAGCUAUAACUGCAUCUCUUACUUGUAUUAAAGAAGAUGAGGCAUGGAACUACAAAUCCAGAGGUGAAGCUUCCGCAUAUGUGACAAUAUGUUGUUCGUUUAAGUUUAUCAUCACCUUAAUCAUAGUCAGGAAGUUAUUAGGGUAUACAAGACCACUGACAAAAACGUUGCAAAAAGUUGAUCAUGACUUCUCAAAAGCUCGUGAUGAUGUGGAAAUUUUAAACACUCUUUUAUCUAUUCGGAGCUCUAUCGAAAUUUCACACUCAGAAUGGUAUAAAGAAGCUGUUACCAUAGCUGCAACUAAUUAUACCUUGCCAUCUAAACCAAGAACAUGUGGACAACAAACACAACGUGAUAAUCAUCAAGUAGAUGAUAUUAGUGAAUAUUAUCGAGUAACUUGUUUGAUUCCUUUUCUUGAUCACAUUCUAACACAGUUAGAUUCUUUAUUUUCUUUAGAAAAUUUAACAUUGCUAGAUAGUUUCGCCAUUAUACCAUCAAAUUUAAUCUCUGACAAGAAGUGGAGGAAAAAAGUAAAAGAAUUCGCUCAUACAUACAAUAAUGAUUUACCAAAACCAAGUUAUCUUUAUGCUGAAUUGGAUAUGUGGGAAGUAUACUGGAAAAAUCACUCUGAAACAGCUCCUAAAACUAUUUCAGAUUCACUACAAAAAUGUGAUGGCAAUACGUUUCCGAAUAUUUCUACUAUACUUCGAAUCCUUUGCACAGUACCAGUUACAACAUGUACUUGUGAAAGAUCAUUAUCAGCUCUGAAAAGAAUUAAAACUUCCUUGCGCAAUUCUAUGACAGAUGAUCGCCUAAAUGGCAUUUCCAUGUUGCACAUUCAUCGAGAUGUUGAAAUUGACUUAAAUAUUGUUGAAGAUGAAUUUGCGACUGCAUUUCCACGAAGAAUGGAGUUUAAAAAUAUAUUGAACUCUGAUGAAUAG